CGACGGCAUCUAGCUUUUGGGAAAUCGCAUCUGCUGCCACCCAAUAGACCGACGGAACCCAGAUUCAUAAAAAAAGGUUGACGUUCUAUCGUCACAAAUUUGAGAUACCACAUUUCUCGCCGUCGAAGAAAAGAAAAACAACCAGAGACAAUCUCAAAAUGGCUUCAGUUGCGAAGCCCGCCCAGCCGGUCAAGGCAUGGGCCGACGACGAUGACAUCGACGACGGCACCACCGAGCGUCUGCCCGACCCCCAGACCAUCGUCAACAAGGACGGCACCAAAACCAUCAUCAGCUGGCGCUUCAACGACCAGGGCCAAAAGGUCAAGACGACACGGCGGGUGCGGUUGACGACGCACCGCGAGGUGGUGAACCCUCGCGUGGCCGAGCGCAAAAAGUGGGAAAAGUUUGGCCUGUCGGCCAAGGAUGGCCCCGGCCCGGCCUCGGACACGACCUCUGUCGGCGAGAACAUCAUCUUCCGCCCCUCGGCCAACUGGCGCAAGGACCAAAAGGACGAGAGCAAGGACGCCAACGCCAACGCCAUGAAGGACAAGCUCAAGGACAAGAAGGUCAAGUGCAGAAUCUGCAAUGGAGAGCAUUUCACCGCCCGCUGUCCCUACAAGGACACCAUGGCUCCCAUCGGCGAGGCCGCGCCCGCCGGCGGAGUCGGUGGUGGCGGCGACGACGAGGGUGGCAUUCUGUCCGCGCCCGGGGCGGCCGGUGGUGCCGGUGCCAAGAAGGGCUCGUAUGUGCCUCCGGCCCUGCGUGGAGACCGCAAGGAGGGCGAGAAGAUGGGCGGCGGCGCCGGCGGCAAGUACGGCGAGCGCGACGACCUCGCCACGCUGCGUGUCACCAACGUCUCGGAGAUGGCAGAGGAGCAAGAGCUGCGGGAUAUGUUUGAGCGCUUUGGUCGCGUCACCAGAGUGUUCUUGGCUAAGGACCGGGAUACGGGCCUGGCCAAGGGUUUCGCCUUUAUCAGUUUUGCAGACAGAGAAGACGCCGUCAAGGCGUGCAACAAGAUGGACGGCUGGGGUUUCAAGCAUCUCAUUCUCAGAGUCGAGUUCGCCAAGAAGGCUACCUGAGAGUUGGGUGUUUGACUUUGGUUUUGUUUAUGGGAUGGGGGGUUUUUUCUUAUCGUGGCUUUCCAUUUUGUUACGACAUGACCUCUUUUAGUAUCCGACUCUUAUGAUACUUUGGAACGGGGGAGGGUUAUAGGACGACAAAAAAAAAAUGGAUUUGUCUUUUUUUGAGUUUUAUGAACCCGGUGCUUUUUUUUUUUUUUUUUCUCGGUACUUUGUGAUGGGAGGAAAGCCCACAGGCUGGUAUCUAGGGCGGCUGAUCUGUAACACCAGACAAAAAGCACGAAAUG